AUGGCGGACACUGCCUCGAAGCAUCGAGCUGAGUUUGCCUUUGCUCAGCUUGAGAACGAGAGAUCUCUGACAUCUCUUCGUGACGAGCUAAGGGUAGCUCGUGGGAUUGCUGAUCGGUCUCGGGAUGAGAUAGCUGCUCUUCAGACCCUUGUUGAUGCCCACCAUCGGGAGCACAAGGCUCUCUGCGAGAUGCUUGAGCGCAAGGGCGUUCUUCAUCGGAAGAAGCAGCGUACUGAUGGUACGGCUUAA